UCGCCCUGGUGCGCGCUUUUUAAAAAAUGAUGUCACUUUGGAAUGUUCCCUCCGCUCGAUUUCAGCUUCGCCAGUUAUUGUUGAAAUGUCAGCCAAUGGGGUAACAGGGGCCGCCUCGUUGAACCAAUCGAAACAUCAGACAGGAAAAUGAUUGCGGGGCAGGGGGUGUCAGCGCGAGCUGUCCCGUGCAGCGAAUAACUCGUACUUGCCAAACUUUCACCGGCGUCUCCGAACUGCGGAUGGAUGGACGCGUUGCAGAGGCGGGUUCUGGAGUCUGCAGAUCUUUACUCACUGUGAACACAGAUCGAGGGAGAGAAGAGUGAGUAAGGGUGUUUCAUAUUUUUGACGUCUUUCCCAUCGCUCCCUCGCCCCGUCUGUGAACCAGUGCCUGGGCUCGGCUGAGCAGGCGGCGGAGCGGACGGGGAGUGAGGAUGGAGCGGCCAUCCAGCAGUAGCCCCAGCGGUCCGAACCAGCCUCCCCAACCAGCCCAACACGAACCCAUCAGCUUCGGCAUUGACCAGAUCCUUAGCGGCUCCGAGCAGGACGGUUCCCAGCAAAACAGCGCGCGCGGCGGUUCGGAUGUUAGCGGCGGCAGCAGUGGCGGGAGUUACCACCUGGGCAGCCCGACCGGCGCGAGCGCGGCGCCGUACACCGCGCUCCCGGGCUCUUUCCACGGCAUUACAGCGUCCUUCGAGGACUCGGGCUCCUACGGCGUGAACUUGACCCUAGCCCCAGGAGGGGUGAUUCGGGUCCCUGCACACAGACCCCUGGCAGCCGCAGUCCCCCCGCCCAUGGCCAGCGCGGUGCCCGGCUUUGGCAGUCUGAGUUUCCCCUGGAUGGAGAGCAGUCACCGUUUCGCAAAGGAGAGGUUCGCAGCCCUCACCCCCUUCACGGUGUCCCGGCGGAUCGGGCACCCCUACCAGAACCGCACCCCGCCCAAGAGGAAGAAGCCGCGCACGUCCUUCUCGCGCGUGCAGAUCUGCGAGCUGGAGAAGCGCUUCCACCGCCAGAAGUACCUGGCCAGCGCAGAACGCGCCGCGCUCGCCAAGACCCUCAAGAUGACCGACGCACAGGUGAAGACCUGGUUCCAGAACCGCAGGACCAAGUGGAGGCGUCAGACGGCAGAGGAGAGGGAGGCGGAGCGUCAGCAGGCCAAUCGGCUGAUGAUCCAGCUCCAGCACGAUGCCUUCCAGAAGUCUCUGAGCGACUCGCUGCCAACCGACCCGCUCUGCAUCCACAACUCGUCGCUGUUCGCCCUGCAGAACCUGCAGCCCUGGGCCUCCGAGGAGCCCGGCAAGCUGGGCUCUGUCACCGGGCUGGUGUGAGGGCGGGGCCAGCCCCAGCCCCGCCAUGGCCACGCUCCCAUUGGCCAGCAUGCCAACUGACACACCGUCCUGCUGAUGAACCAACUGGGAGGCUUACGGAUGACUGACCAACUCACUGACUGAUUGACUGACUGACUGACUGACUGACUGUCUGAUUGACUGAAUGACUGACUGACUGACCAUUUGCUGUUAGGUCAUCACAGGACUCGUCUCCAUUUUGUCCUCCAUUUUCUCUCCCUCCAUGUCAGUUGCUCAGUCCUGGGCAGAGAGGGGGAGGAGAAGAUAAACUGCAGCGUGUUUGAGCCCCGCCCCCUCUCCAGAACACUGAUCCUGGGCCCCGUUUCACCAAGCAGGACAACUGCGCCAAGGAAAACCUGGAACCCUCCCAAAUCUGGAGCAUGGACUGAAGUAUAAAGAGCUGUUCCAGGUUUUACCGAGUGCCGUUAUCCAGCUAUCCAGUAUUCCUGCUCUGUGAUACCGGCCCAGAAGGGACUGGGGUUUGCAUGAGGGGUGAGGAGGCCGAUCCUGGAUCAGCUGAAGGUGGGGUACUCCCAGCAGGACCAGUCACAGGUUGUAUAUAAGGCUGAUCCUGGAUCAACUGAAGGUGGGGUACUCCCAGCAGGACCAGUCACAGGUUGUAUAUAAGGCUGAUCCUGGAUCAACUGAAGGUGGGGUACUCCCAGCAGGACCAGUCACAGGUUGUAUAUAAGGCUGAUCCUGGAUCAACUGAAGGUGGGGUACUCCCAGCAGGACCAGUCACAGGUUGUAUAUAAGGCUGAUCCUGGAUCAACUGAAGGUGGGGUACUCCCAGCAGGACCAGUCACAGGUUGUAUAUAAGGCUGAUCCUGGAUCAGCUGAAGGUGGGGUACUCCCAGCAGGACCAGUCACAGGUUGUAUAUAAGGCUGAUCCUGGAUCAACUGAAGGUGGGGUACUCACAGCAGGACCAGUCACAG